AUGAAUGGCCCAAAAGCAUCCGGAAAUGAUCUUUUAUUUAGAUUUUUCGAAUCUACUCAUUUUACUUCACAUCUUUGUGUUGCAUAUCUUGCUAGAUAUCCAGAUAAUAUAGGUAUUCAUCACUAUUUAUGUUCUAAAUUGAAAGAGUUUUCUGCGACGGAAAUAGAGUUUUUUUUGCCGCAAUUAUGCCAUCUUGCAGUAAACUUAAACACGGAGUCCGUUGCUUUAGAGAUAUUUAUUUUGGAUCAAUGUAAAAGUUCGUCUCACAUUGCGUUAAUGGUUUUUUGGUUGUUUCAGGCACAUUUUACGGAUCUUCUUAAGACGCCUGAAUAUGUUUCGUUUAGAACAUGCAAAAGAAUGUUUAAUAAAAUCCAACAUAUUAUUUUUGGUGAAAGAGAAAUUUAUGAUUUAAAUGAUUUUAAAGUUAGGGAGAAUAUUUUUCCUUCUAUCUUAUUGUCUAGUGUUAUUAUUGGGAGUGCUUCAGUGCCUUUUUUAUCAAAAACAGUUGGUCCAAUUGCUAUUGCUCAAGCUAGACAAUAUCGUCCUCAAUCAAGAGAGACGGAUAAAGGAAUGUUCCAGCAUACAAUGUUUUCUGAUUUUUUUCAGACUCCAAGGGAAAAUGUCUCAGAAAGUUUAUCAAAUAGUAUAUCAAUGGUUCAAUUAGAUCGAAAUUUGUCUCAAGACAAGCAAAAUUUGCAUGAAUAUUCGCAAUUUUCAAAUGCAACGUCACAAGAAACAUUAUUAUUGUCAUUAUAUUUAUAUUCUAAAAAGUCCUUAUUGUCCGAUUUUUAUGCUCAAAAUUAUGAGAUAUUAUCAAGUGUUUCACCGAGAAAACAAAGCCUAUUACUUCAAACUCAGUAUUUUAGGUACGAAACUGCAUUUCUUCAAGCAUUACAAGAUAUUUCCUCUCGUUUAAUCAUUGUACCUGAACUUGCACGUUUGAGUGCAUUACGGGCCGAAUUAACGCUAUUAAAUAGUUAUCUUCCUGCUGAUAUAUGUAUACCAUCGCUCUGUACUGCAACGGCGAGUUAUCCUAUUCAUCAUCGAAUCGUUAGGAUUAAUUCAACAGAAGCAAUUGUUUUAAAUAGUGCAAAAAGAGUUCCUUAUCUUCUUAUAAUAGAAAUUUUGGAAAAUGACUUAUCUUUUGAUCCUGAAAAAAUGGAAAAUAAAGAAAAAAUUGCUAAGAUAUUAUCUAAUACAGGAAAAAGUAAGCGGCUUUUUGAUCUUCUUCAUGAUCCUAUUUUGUCACAUAACUUUGAUGCUGAAUUGCAUAAAGUUAAUCAAAAAACAGAUAUAGAAUCCGAUCUUGGGGAUAUUAGUGUAUUAUCUAUUUAUGAUUAUGCUGAUGACAUGUUAUAUAAAAAAACGGAUCUUAAUGGCCAUUCGGAUACUUCGUUACCAGAAUUCUCUAAGUUGAAACAUAUAAACCAUAGCUUUGACCCUCGUCUUAAAUUUCCUCAAUAUCAAACAGAAACUAAUAUGCUUUCUAAAGAAAACAAUUCUUUGUCUCCUUUUAUUGAUGAGAAUUCUAUUAUAGCUACAUAUAUGAGAGCAGCUGCGACAAUGUUAGCUCAGUUGGAUUCUGAUGGCAAUAAACGCCCUAAAGUAGAAACAUCUGCCAUCAAGAGUAAAAUAAUCAAGGAGAUGCAAAAUCUUGAGGAAAAACGUAUAAAUAUGAAUAAUUGUGAAAAUUUUAUUGAUGCUCGUAUGAAUAAUAUAAAAUAUAAUAGAAUUGAAGAAAAAAAUAGGAAUUCUACAAUGAAAAUAUUUGAAGAAGAAUGGAGUGUAAAAGUAGAGCGUAUACGGAAAUCAUCUCCAUAUAGUCAUUUACCUAAUUGGAAUAUAAUUAGUGUAAUUGUAAAAACUGGUUCAGAUUUGAGACAAGAGGCUUUUGCAUGUCAACUCAUAUAUGCAUGUCAGAAAAUUUGGGAUGAAUACAAUAUUCCCGUUUGGGUCAAACGGAUGAGAAUACUCAUUACUGGGAAUGACUCUGGCUUAAUAGAAACCAUAAUUAAUUCUACAAGUAUUCAUUCUAUAAAAAAAAAAAUAAUACAAUCUUUCUCUGAAAGCUCAAAAGGCAAAGUCUUGUCAUUAAAAGAUUAUUUUUUAAAGAUGUAUGGUGAUACUCAUUCGGUGCAAUACAAAGCUGCACAAGAUUGUUUUAUGCGUUCCUUAGCAGCAUAUAGUUUGAUAUGUUAUAUUUUUCAACUUAAAGAUAGGCACAAUGGAAAUAUUCUUUUAGAUACUGAAGGUCACUUAAUUCACAUUGAUUUUGGUUUCAUGUUAACAAAUACACCGGGAAAUGUUGGUUUUGAAAACGCCCCUUUCAAACUUACUACUGAUUAUGUAAACAUUUUGGAUGACAGAUUUGAUGAUUGGAAAGAUUUAAUGAAACAAGCUUUUAAAGCAUUAAGGAAAAAGGCAGAAGAUCUUAUAUUACUAGUUAAAAUUAUGCAAAAUGAGUCAAAACUUCCUUGUUUUAGUUCUGGCGAAUUAACCUCCAUACAAUUUCAACAACGUUUUCAACUUCAUCUAUCUGAAACUGAAGCAGAUGAAUUUAUGGAGUCAUUAAUUACAAAAGCAAAUGCUUCUUUAUGGACUAGACUUUAUGAUCAGUACCAACAAUUAACUCAAGGCAUCUAUUGA